GUCGGCGAGUGAUUGGUUAGGGGAAAUGGCCGUCUCCACGAAUGAGGAGGUCCGGCAGGAUGGAGGGGCAGGCCUGGCCGCCCUAGUGUUUUUGGCAAGCGCCCUCCGUGAAAGGCAAGAGGAUCCUUGGCGAGGCGGCCGGGAACCAUGGCGGCAGUGGUGGCGGCGGCAGCCGUGCGGGCCCGGAUCCUGCAGGUUUCUUCUAAGGUGAACUACAGCUGGUACCCAGCAUCUUCUUUCUCUUCUUCAGUGCCAACUGUGAAGCUCUUUAUUGAUGGGAAAUUCAUUGAAUCCAAAAGUGACAAAUGGAUUGACAUCCACAACCCAGCCACCAAUGAAGUCAUUGGCCGGGUGCCUCACUCUACCAAGGCUGAGAUGGAUGCAGCCGUUGCCUCCUGCAAACGUGCUUUUCCUGCCUGGGCAGACACAUCCAUACUCAGCCGUCAGCAGGUCCUGCUCCGCUAUCAACAACUUAUUAAGGAAAACUUGAAAGAAAUCGCCAAGUUAAUCACACUAGAACAAGGGAAAACCUUAGCAGAUGCUGAAGGAGAUGUAUUUCGAGGCCUUCAGGUGGUGGAGCAUGCCUGCAGUGUGACAUCCCUCAUGCUGGGAGAGACCAUGCCAUCCAUCACUAAAGACAUGGACCUCUAUUCCUACCGCCUGCCCCUGGGUGUAUGCGCAGGCAUCGCUCCGUUCAAUUUUCCUGCCAUGAUCCCCCUCUGGAUGUUUCCCAUGGCCAUGGUGUGCGGAAAUACCUUCCUGAUGAAACCAUCAGAGCGAGUUCCCGGAGCAACCAUGCUUCUUGCUAAGUUGCUGCAGGACUCAGGGGCCCCUGAUGGAACAUUGAACAUCAUCCACGGGCAACAUGAAGCUGUAAAUUUUAUCUGUGAUCAUCCGGACAUCAAAGCAAUCAGCUUUGUGGGCUCCAACCAGGCAGGAGAGUACAUCUUCGAGAGAGGAUCAAGAAACGGCAAGAGAGUUCAAGCCAAUAUGGGAGCCAAAAACCAUGGGGUGGUCAUGCCAGAUGCCAAUAAGGAAAAUACACUGAACCAGUUGGUUGGGGCAGCAUUUGGAGCUGCUGGUCAGCGCUGCAUGGCUCUUUCAACAGCAAUCCUUGUGGGAGAAGCCAGGAAGUGGCUGCCAGAGCUGGUGGAACGUGCCAAGAACCUGAGAGUCAACGCAGGAGACCAGCCUGGGGCUGAUCUUGGCCCUCUGAUAACUCCCCAGGCCAAAGAACGAGUCUGUAACCUGAUUGAAAGUGGACCAAAGGAGGGCGCUUCCAUCCUUCUUGAUGGGCGAAAAAUUAAAGUGAAAGGCUACGAAAAUGGUAACUUUGUUGGACCAACCAUCAUCUCCAAUGUAAAGCCAAAUAUGACCUGUUACAAAGAAGAAAUUUUUGGUCCAGUGCUUGUGGUUCUGGAGACGGAAACAUUGGAUGAAGCCAUUAAGAUCGUAAAUGACAAUCCGUAUGGAAAUGGAACCGCCAUCUUCACUACGAAUGGAGCCACUGCUCGGAAAUACUCCCACCUGGUGGACGUCGGACAGGUGGGAGUGAAUGUUCCCAUUCCAGUGCCUUUGCCAAUGUUCUCAUUCACUGGUUCUAGAUCUUCCUUCAGGGGAGACACCAACUUCUAUGGCAAACAGGGCAUCCAGUUCUACACUCAACUAAAGACUAUCACAUCUCAGUGGAAAGAAGAAGAUGCUACUCUUUCAACACCUGCUGUAGUCAUGCCUACCAUGGGCCGUUAGAAACAAACCUGGGACAGACUCAGCCAACCUCAACCAAUCUCACUUUGGUCUUGCCCAGUCCAUUUGCCACCUUGAUCGGGUCGUAUCCUGGGGAUCAGCAUCCAUUGUAACUGAAUUAUUUCUCAGGACUAAUGCCCCCUUUCAAAGUUGCUAUAGGGAGAAUCCUCAUCUAAUCAUGAAACUAGACUUUCACUUGUUCUUCAUUCUUCUUUUCUGAAAUAACUGUUUUAAUUGUGAGAUGUUUAUCUGAAAUAAGAGCAUAGAGCAGUUUUCUGAAAAUGCUCCCCUUCUCUGAUGACUUGAGUUUCUACAAGACCUUUCAAUAUUUGGGAAAGCUCUUAGACGUCCGGACAGAAAUGAUUCACCGUGUGAUUAAACCUCCAUCACAGCCCUGCACAAAUGCCGGUGCAGUAAAGCCUGCUUUAAAAGUUGUCCUGAAUUUCACAUGCAUCUCACACAAAUUAGAAUCCAUUCUGCUUGUUACAACAUUGUGACAGCUCCUGCUUUCCUUUCCACUGGAUGCCAUUUUCCUGUCCUUGCGAUUCAUGGCUGUGAUUUCUCUCCGUCACUGUCACUGCUCUGGCUUCUUUACUCGCUUCUCCAGGACACCCUAGGACACCAUGUGUAAAUCACCCUUCUGCGACAUCUGCCAAGUGUUAAGUUUCAGGUUUGCUUUAGUACUUACUAACUGAUGCGUCAGCCAUUUACUCAGAUCCCAAUAGUCUUAAAGAAUCAGUUCAAAAGUUAUUUUAGACCUACAAAUCAUUAAGUAUUCCAAUCAUGAAAGUGGAUUAAGACUCUUGCCUUAAGCAAGUUUAGCCUACUACUUGCCAAGUUUUGUGUUCUUCCCUUUCCUGCAUUUCUAUUAGUGGCAUUUUUUAAUGGAAGAACUCUUCAUGUAGAAUACUUAUUUGAAGAAAUUUCAAAGUUUUUUUUAUUAUAAAAGAAGUAAAAAAGAAAGGUUUUUUUUUUUUACUGUUAUGCUGCUACUAAUUGAAUUGCCUUUAUCCUUCCUUUUGUCAGAAACAGAUGUGCUAAACAGAACAGAUUCUUGAUUCACCAUCCUGAGUGAAAGCGGCUUUCUGAGCCAGAAGUAGGCUGCGACCUCUCAUGUAAUAUUUGGUCCUUUGCCAAGUGGCAUAGAUCAUUUAUUUUUAUGCCUCCUCAUUAGUUUCUUGGCUAGUGCUAACUUGCCCACGGAGAUUAUUGAGAGAACUAAGCAUAGCAGAAAACCUCGGAAAGGCUGUGCACUCUGUGUUUCAGGGUCAUUUACAACCACCUGCUGCACAGAAUGUCACUCUUCAAUCACUUAAGGUGUCUACACCUUUAAUAAAAUAUGCUGACAGAU